AUGGCGUCGCAGAAGCCGGAGGAUGUCACCGUUUCGGAUGGCAUGCUAGCCAACCUGGAGCGCGAAUUCAAUGAGGCGAUGCGAGCGCUAGAGGGACACGUGAAGUUUGUUUGUUUUCGCGAAGAGUACGAAAAGCUGCACCGGGCUUUACUCAACAGCCAUGAGUCGGAGAAGCGUCUGGUGAGGCGCUGUCAGCAGCUGACGCAGGAGCUCAUGAGUAAUGCUGCCAAGAUGCAGGCCGCGGUGAAGCUUGCGCAGGACGACCACACCACCAUUGAGGCGCUCAAGAAGGAGACAGAGAAGGCCUGGCGUAUGGUGGAUGUCGCUAACGAGAAGGACGCCCGCGCGAAGGAGACGAUUAAAAAACUUCGAGAGGAGGUCUUCUCGUUGCAGGAAAUUGUGGAGAACGGCACCGAGCUCACCCCCACGCAAACCGCCACGCUUGAGGAGUUGAAGCUGGAAAAGAAGCGGAUGCAGUCGGAGUAUGACGAACUUGUCAAGCAGAUGGAAACACUCACACGGGAGACGUUUGAGUUGGGCCACAAGAUGAAGGAAGCGGAGGAGGAGAUGAUGAAACAUCAGGAAGAGCUGCGCCGUGUUACAGAUCGUGAAAAGACAGUGCGGCAGGAAUACGAAAAGGAGCUAAGGGCGCGGGAUCGCUCCAACUUACAGCUGCGGGAGCAACUCCUCCUCGUGCAGCAGCGUGAGAAGGAACUGAAGUCGCAUGAACAGUUGCACAGCAAACUUUCUUCCGCUGUCAAUCUUUUGCGGUUGCAGCUGCAGGAGGAUCAGAACAGACGACAGGCGCUCGCGCAAAAGAUUGAGUCCGCGGAAAGGCAAUUGUACCACACGCAGCAGUCCUACGAUGAUGCCGUAGAUACAAGAGAGGCCUUAAAUGAGCGUCACCGAGAGGUUCGAAAGGAGAUUACAGAAGCAGAAAAGAAAGCCGUUGAUAUCACUGCGGAGAAGCAGCGGACCCAUCGGGUACGGGACAAUGACUACAAGGAACUUUGCCGCCUUGUGCAGCAGAAUGAAGACAUACGGCGGGAUCAAACGAACCUUGAACGGCAGCGGUUAAAUGUUGAGAAACGCAUUGAAAUGGCGAGGAGAGAAAAGGAGGAUUUAUGUCGUGCGUUUGAAAUGAUGCAACGGGAAAAGGAUUCGCUGAAGAAAGUCUCAGAGAAGGAACGGGAGAAGAUGCAGAUCAUGAAAAACUGA